AUGGAUGGAGAUGAUUCAGAAGUUCCAUAUUCAGCAGGUACAAAUACAGAAAAUCAGCUUCCCUCACAACGCUCUGUUCGUCAAAAGCAUGAUCCAGCAUGGGCACAUGUCUCUCAAACUUUCGAUUCGAAUGGGAAAAGUACACUUACAUGUGACUUUUGUAAAAAGAAAAAUCAAGGAGGUGGUAUCAAUAGAAUGAAACAACACUUGGCUGGAGUGAAAGGGAAUACAAAUGCAUGCAAGAAUGUCCCUCCAGAAGUUCAACAUGCAAUGAGAAUGUCUCUGAAAGAACAUGAUGAUAGGGCAAAGGAGAAAAGUAGAGUGAAUAAUACUAGACAGUUUGUUGAUUUAGAGGAUGACGAAGAUUCUGGUCAAGGUUUUAUGCCUCCAAGUCAGAAAAGAAAGGCCAAUACCGACAUAAACUCUUACUUCAAGCAGGGUUUACAAGAUCAGUCACAACCAACCAUAAAAUCAUGUUUGCAGAGUAAGGAAAAGAUUCAUGAUGCUGAUAUGGCAGUUGCAUUGUUUUUCUAUGAUGUAUGUAUGCCCAUGAAUGCUGUGAAUUCUAGAUUUUAUCAGCCUAUGAUCAGCAAAAUUGCAAGCAUGGGUCAUGGUUACAAAGGGCCUUUGUAUCAUGCUCUACGUGUUGGUUUACUACGUGAUGCCAAGCUGCAAGUUUCUUUAAUUAUUGAAUCUUUUAGGAGUACAUGGGCUGAAACUGGUUGUACUCUGAUGGCUGAUGGAUGGAAAGAUACUAGGCAAAGACCUUUGAUAAAUUUUUUGGUCUAUUGUCCUAAGGGGAUAACUUUCAUCAAGUCAGUUGAUGCUUCAGGAAUAUAUACAACUGCAGAGAAUUUGUGUAACCUAUUUGCUGAGGUUGUGGAUAUGAUUGGCCCCCAAAAUGUAGUCCAUAUGGUGACAGAUAGUGCACCUAACUACAAAGCUGCUGGUGGUAGGCUUACAGAAAGAUAUCCUACCAUAUAUUGCUCACCAUGUGCAGCUCACUGUAUUAAUUUGAUACUAGAAGAUGUGGGAGAGCUACCUCUGGUCAAGAAAUUAACCAGCUAUGCAUCAAAGAUAACUAUCUUUGUGAAUACCCAUAAGCAUAUCUUGAACUGGUUGAGAAACAGGCCGGGUUGGAGAGAGAUAAUUCGUCCUGCAGAAACUCGUUUUGCUACAAGUUUCAUAGCUUUACAAAGCUUGUAUGCGCAUAAAGAUUACUUGCAGAGUAUGGUUGUUGAUGAGGAGUUCAGAAAGAUUUCAAGAUCUGAAAAAGCAAAACUUGUGAAACAACUUAUCUUUGAUGAUGACUUUUGGAAAGAGUGCUUUAUGGUUGUCCAGAUUAUGGCUCCUUUGAUCCGUUUGUUGCGUAUUUGCGAUUCUGAUGAGAAACCAUCUUUGCCUUAUGUAUAUGAAGGAAUGUAUAGGGCACGGUUAGGCGUCAAGAAGAUAUUUAAGAAGGAGAAAAGACUCUACAAGCCUUACACGAGGAUCAUUGAUAGUCGGUGGGAUAAGAUGUUGCGCCGUGAUAUUUAUGCUGCAGCUUAUUUUUUGAAUCCAGCCUUCUUGUAUGAUAAGGAGAACUUUUGUCAGAAAUCAGAGAUUAAAAGAGGAACGCUAAAUCUGUUUGAAAAGCAGACUGUUGGUUUAAGUGAAUCGAUGUUGGUGUCUAGCAUUCGAUGCUAUAGAGAACGAGAGGGUAGUUUCUCUCGAGAGAUAGCACUUACUUGUAGCAAAACUACUCGACCUGGUAAGUCAUCUUGCUAUAAUGUUAUGUUUAUGCUAAUGUUUGGAGCAUGUUCAUUGCUUAAAUCAUAUGAUCCUGUGGAUUAUGAGUCAAUCGAUAAAACUGAGUUUUGGAUUGUGGAAGAAGAAGAAGAAGGCGAACUUGAUCUUGCUGAGCUAGAAGAUAAACUUCUUGAGGAAUAUCCCAAAGAUGACGAUGAACCCACUCUUGGUGUUGAAGAUUUGGACAAAGAAGAUUGGAUGCUCUAG